AAACCUGAACAACUACUUCCAGGCGGCGUGGGCGGAGAUGAACUUGCCUGGAUGCCCGACCUUCACCGACAUCCGAGCUCCAUCGCCACUCAUGCGAGGAACAUGCACACUGCUGAAGACAGGCUUAAGGUAUCCAGAUUCAUGUGCCACGACACCAAAAUCGCAGACAAGUUUUAUGCCAUAAACUUGAACCCCAGGCAGGCCUUGGAGCACUGGCAUCUAUUUGAGGCGGCACUGGAAGGGCCUGAGCUGUCCCCAGUGAAGGAGAAGCCCAAGCGCAAGCAUGCCGGGAGGAACGCAGCCAAGCCCAGGAAGCGCACUCGUGUAGAGGAUUCGCCAGCUGACUCAUCCCGCUACCAGACUUCUGAAGACAGCGCAGCUCCAGAGGGAGAGGACGUCAAGGCUGAGUCCCAUCUGUACUCUGACAUGGAGGAGCCAGCCGAACCCUGCACCAGUGCCACCCAGAUACCGGCCAGCCCUCGAAGGAUGCUGCAGAAGGCUAUUGUGAUUCUGUCGCCGCUGAAAGUGCACACCUCCAGCGUCUCCAAACCACAGAAGAAGUCCUCCCCUUUCAAGUCAAAAGUCUUUAAGUCGUUCACACCAGAGGGGCUGGCAAAAGCCAACAAGGCCAGAGAGAGAGUGAGGGCAGUUCUCAAGCUACGUAGCGGAUUCUGGAGGAAGUGA